AUGAUGGUACAUGCAACGCUACGACCACUAGAAUUAAUUGGUUGUGUACAGUUUAAGGGUGAUCGUCUCGAUGUUCGGAUCACAAUACACAAUGGAAGCCCUUCAUUAGAAAUGUUGCCAUCUGACAAACGUGUUGUCCAACUAUGGAAUGGUAAUCGAGUUGUUGAUAUCAAUUCAUUCAACUUCUUUCGUAAUAAGCUAUUGAAAAAUGCGUUCUAUCAAUUUUAA